GCGGAGUCAUGUCAUGGUGCGCGUUGGGGGAGGAUGGGACACUCUAGAACAUUAUCUGGACAAACAUGAUCCCUGCAGAUGUCAGUUUGUUUGCCUCCUCGUUCCCGGCGCUAUUCUGGUGACAGUGACUCUUCUGCCUCCUCUGUCCAGAGUGCCCCGGCUGGCAGAAAAUCAUCAGAAGUAUUAAGACCAGGAUUUCGUACUUCAGUAGCACGGAGUCAGUCCCAGGACCGCGGUCCUCUUUCCCGGCGAUCCCAGGUAUCCCAACCUGCAGUGUCUGAUCGAAGCAGAACUCAAGGUAUUUCAAGUGCUGGACCUUCAACAAGGCGUGCCCGAAGUCAAGGGCCCCCAAAUAACAAGAAGACAGUUAUGAUGAUUACACGCAAUAAGGAUGGACAACAUUCAUUGACAACUCCUAAUGCUUCCAAGCCCCCUAGUACUUGUCCUGAAACAGAGCCUCCCAAAACGAAUGCAAGAAGACAGCUGGGAUAUACACCACAGCCUCUGGAUGCUUGUCAGGAGCAACAAAUGUAUAGCAGCUUUGAAAAAGAGUUCCUGGAAAAUACACGACUCCUGGGGGCUUCAGAGAAUACUGGAAGAGCACAAGGAACCAUCUUGCUAAGUCCACCUCCUUGUGAGCCAGCUGCUAUAGACUCUGCAUACUGUUCCUCUAGCUCCUCUUCUUCUUCACUUAACUUCUAUAUUACUGGAGGAGCAAGGGAGCAGAAUGCAGAGGGGAACACUGUAGCACUUACUGCAUCUAAUUGGAGAAGACUACCUGCUCUGUCUAGCUCUUCAGAUGAUAGUUCCUGCCCACCUGCUUCUGAGGACCUUCAGGAGGAAGUGGAGCCAGAAGAGCCAUCUGCAGCAGCUGAAGCGGAUACUAGUGGGGUGGUCUUACGGCCCAAAAAAAACAUAAAACGCCCAGAUAGAGUACCUUCCAUCUAUAAACUUAAACUGCGCCCAAAGAUCCGAUCACGGGUAGACACUCAACCAGACAGGUCCCCAUCCCGAAUCCCCACCCCACUUAAUAAUAGAACUGCAAACUCUCCACCCAAACCUGCACCUACCCGACGUUCAUGGAGAGCUCUUCAGUCUGUUUUCUUUUCUGAUUCAGGAGUACAAGCAGAUCAUCCUGGUGGCUGAGUGGAGUCUUUAGUGUAGUUAUUCCCACUCUAUUCUGAUACAUGCAUUUCGCUG